AUGUGUCAUAUUUUCGAUGCUAAUCAAUUCCGACAAUGCGAUGGACAGUUGAUCUGGCUACAGACGUUGAUGAGUGGUGUACCAUUUGCCAUGCUGAUGGGAGGUGUGCUGGAACGACGAUUCGGUGGACGGCGAACUGCUAUACUUGGUUCAAUCCUCUAUACGUCAUGCAUAGCCCUGACGUACUUCACCAUACAGCAUUCUUUCGCUGCAGUUCUGGUGUCGAUGGGAUUUUUCGCCAGCUUCGGUAGCAGUAUAGCCUACAACGCUAUUUUAACCACAGCUCAACGAUGGUUCCCAGAUAACGUCGGAUUAGCCGGAGGAAUGAUUGUUGGUGGAUACGGUUGCGGUGCUUUUAUUCUUUCACCGCUCCAGACAGGGUUUAUCAAUCCGCUUGACUAUCGGGUGAACAGCGACGGUUUCUUCACUCAAGUAGAUCUGCUUGAGAGGGUGAGUUAA